CCAUUUCAAGAACUUAUUACAGCAAAAAAUGAUCUGACACUUAAAGACGCUUAUCACAUUUUACAACGUAGUAAAAAAGGUUUGUUAAUUUUCUUAUUCUAAUGGACAAAAUCGAAUUUUCUUCGGGAUAGGGAGAAGCCUAGUUAAUGUCAUUUUUGAAACUCCUCCGUGAUAAACGAAAGUAGUAACAAUAUGAAAAAAUAGUUCUGAUUACCUCAAAUCUCGAAAGACAAAAUGUAUAGAAAAAAAUACAAUCACGAACUAUAAAACACGAAAAACAACAUUACUAAUCUCUCAGUUUAUUUCAUACACAUAUCUUUUAUCACUGAAAUACUGUAAUUUAUAUUUUAUUAAUGCACCCAUAUUGUUCUACAUUCAUAAAUGAUGUAUCUUCGUCAUAGUUGUACGUGUUCUACAUAUCACACGAGUUACAUACAUUCAAUUAUUUAUCUAGGGGUAUUUUUCAAAACAUAGUUUUCAUUUACUUCAGAUCUAUACUUCAAUUAAGACAAUAACGGAUAUAUUUUUUUCAUAGUUUUUACAGUAGAAGUCCAUAGAUUGUUAUAUCAAUUUUAAAACAUAAAAAUCGAGUAGAUUUAAUAGUCCUAUUAUUAAUACAGUAUUCUAGUAACUAAAAUUAUUAGUUAGGUUUAUCUAAUAUUUUUUCUAUUUUAGGUAAAUUACCUAUCAUUGAUUCCGAUGGUAAUCUUGUUUCAUUAAUUGCUCGUACUGAUUUGGAAAAAAAUCGAGAUUAUCCAUUAGCAUCAAAAGAUAAUCGUCGACAAUUAUUAUGUGGAGCUGCUAUAGGUACACGAAAAGAAGAUGAAAAACGUCUUGAAGCUCUCGUACAAGCCGGUGUUGAUGUUAUUGUACUGGAUUCAUCUCAAGGAAAUUCUAUUUACCAAAUUGAUAUGAUAAAACGUAUAAAAAAAUUAUAUUCACAUAUACAAGUUAUUGCUGGAAAUGUUGUAACACAAGCUCAAGCAAAAAAUUUAAUUGAUGCUGGUGCUGAUGCACUUCGUGUUGGUAUGGGUAGUGGAUCAAUUUGUAUAACACAAGAAGUUAUGGCUGUUGGCCGUGCUCAAGCAACAGCUGUAUUUAAAGUAGCUGAAUAUGCCCGUCAAUUUGAUGUACCAAUUAUUGCUGAUGGAGGAAUUUCAUGUGUUGGACAUAUUGUUAAAGCAUUAACAUUAGGAGCUUCUAGUAUUAUGAUGGGUUCUUUAUUAGCUGGUACACAUGAAUCACCCGGUGAAUAUUAUUAUCAAGAUGGAGUUCGUCUUAAGAAAUAUCGUGGUAUGGGUAGUCUUGAAGCAAUGAAUGCAUGCCAAGAAUUAUCUGCUGCAAGUCGAUAUUAUUCUGAAACUGAUCAUAUUAAAGUUGCUCAAGGUGUUUCAGGAAGUGUUGUAGAUAAAGGUAGUAUUCAUCGAUUUAUUGGUGGUUAUCUUUAUACAGGUAUACAGAAAUCACUUCAAGAUAUCGGUUGUCAAUCUAUUGAACAAUUACAUAAAGAAUCUCAUCAAGGAAUUCUUAAAGUUGAAAAACGUACAGCAUCAGCUCAGGUUGAAGGUGGCGUACAUAAUUUACAUUCAUAUGAAAAAAGACUUUUCUAA